CCCGCAGAGCCGGCCCGGCCCGGGAGCUCCCGGCCAUGCAGCCCCGCGGCCCCGGCCCCGCCGAGCCCCGCCGGCCGCUCCCGCCGGGCCGCAGCCGGGCGCGCUCCCGGGGCGCGGCGGGCGCGGCGCUCCUGCCCUCCAUGCUGAUGUUCGGCGUCAUCCUGGCCUCCAGCGGGCUCCUGCUCAUGAUCGAGCGCGGCAUCCUCGCCCAGGUCGGGCCGCCGCCGCUGCACCCGCCCGCGGGGCUGUCCCGGCGGGACGGGCGGGACUCGACGGCGGAGCUGGAGCUGGAGGUGCUGCGGGACACGCGGAACCGCACGAUCCGCGCCCUGUGCGGGCAGCGCUCCAUGCCCCGCAGCGUCUGGGAGCUGCCGCCCGGGCAGCGCCGGACCGUGCUCCGGCACCUCCUGGUCAGCGACAAGUACCGCUUCCUCUACUGCUACGUGCCCAAGGUGGCCUGCUCCAACUGGAAGCGCAUCCUGAAGGUGCUGGACGGGGCUCUGGAGAGCGUGGACGUGCAGGGGAAGAUGGACCACAAGAGCGACCUGGUGUUCCUGGGCGACAUGAAGCCGGAGGAGAUCAGCUACCGCCUGAAGCAUUACUACAAGUUCAUCUUCGUGCGGAACCCGAUGGAGAGGCUGCUGUCGGCCUACCGAAAUAAAUUCGGGGAGAUCAAGGAGUACCAGCAGAAGUACGGCGUGGAGAUCGUCCGGCGCUACCGAAAGAACGGGGGGAACUCGGCCGGAGACGACGUGUCCUUCUCCGAAUUCCUGCAGUACCUGCUGGACGAGGAUGUGGAGCGCAUGAAUGAGCACUGGAUGCCCAUCUACAACCUGUGCCAGCCCUGCGCCGUCAGGUACGACUUCAUCGGCUCCUACGAGCGGCUCCACGCCGACGCCAACCAUGUGCUGGAGCACAUCCAGUCGCCUUCCUUCGUCCGCUUCCCGGAGCGCCAGGCCUGGUACAAACCUGUCACGGCCGAGACGCUGCACUAUUACCUGUGCAACACCCAGCGCCGGCUGAUCAAAGAGCUCCUCCCCAAAUACAUCCUGGACUUCUCCCUCUUCGCCUACCCCCUGCCCAACAUCACCAGCGAGUUCUGCAGGCAGUGAGCGGUUCCUGUCCAGAGACGGUGGGAAUUCUGCCUUGGCUACGAGGCUACAUGGAUUUGCUUGCACAGCCCUCGCUGCUGCGUCAAGCAUGCUCCUCUAUGCAUUAUUUCCUAAUUUUAUACUUUGCAAGCACUGUUUAUAUAAAGUACUCCCUACUGCCUUCGCUACUUAGGAUCCUUUUUGUACCUCUCUGACUUUCCCGUGUACAUACGCCGCUGGCUCGAGCACAGUAGCUUUUGUAUCUCUAUUUUGCUCUAAAUCCUUUUUUUAUGCCACUACGUGGAGAACUCCUGUAACGAUUCUGAGAAAUUUAUAUAUAUUAAGUAUUUUUCUUCCUUUUUUGGGUUUUGUACUAAAGGUUGGCUGAAUUGAGAUCGUAAUGUGGCAGUUGAUGCACUAAAAAUUAGCAUUGUUAAACUGGUCCCAUGUGGGUUUUGGGUAUAAGUAGAAAAAAAAGUAAACCAAGCCCCAUUUAUCCUUUAUUUUCCCAUUGUAGAUGGUACUUAAAUGAGGCUGGUCAUUUUUUCUGUGUCAGUAGUACCUCUGGCUUUUAUUUUUAAUUUUAUUAUUAUUAUUAUUAUUUACCAUUGAAAUAUAGCUAGGGAUAGGAUAUUACCCCCUUUCUGGGUGAUUUUGGAAGUACAACUAUUUACCAACAUCGUGUAUCAGAUGCAAUAUCAAGCCAUCACAUUCUGCUCUUUUCUCUGAAUUGAAGCAAUACAGACUCGGGAUAAGAUCAAAGCCCAUCCUGGUCCUUAGGAUGGGAAACAAAUCCCACUGGCCACGUGCCAGCUUGCAGCCUCCUGGGUCUUUACAUGGAAACCACUGUGGAAAACCCCUUUCUUCAGCCAUGUUUGAAACAAUGGCAACUUGUGGAUUGAUUUUUCCCUCCUUUAAUAGCUGUGCACACUCUUUUUGUAGCUCUUGUAUUUAAUUAUGGCUCUGAAAUUGUUAAAAUUUGGGAGAUAACGCAGGAUGUUGUUCUUGGGAGGCUGUGUCCUCGUUUCUAAUAAAGUUUUUUAUAUGAAUUA